AACCAAAUAUGUACUACAAUUUUGUGAAAUUCUGCAAAUAAAUUCGCUUAACAUGUAUUAGUGUGCAUUGUUUUGGCCGAAUAAAAGCAACUUUAGGUGAUUACGAAGGCUGAUCUCGCGAUCAUACCGAUCUGAUAGGCCUACCAACGCGAUCUUGUGGCUACAGUUUUUAUUUUCAACUGUGCAAUUCAAAAGUUGGACAUCGCGUCCAGAAUGAAACGACAAGUCCCAAGGCUCAUUGCUUGGUUUACGGAAGUAUUUGUAAAGCUGCUCAUUUCAACGGUUGCCAUCUGAGGUGAAACUAGGCAUAGCUACAUAUACAUCUAUGUGGUCUCUUUUGUUAUGUACAUGAUAGCAACGUUUUUGGUGUGAUAUUUUUUUAAAUGUGAAGCUAGCUAGCUACAUCAAGAACACACACACAUACGUCCACAAGUUAUCCAUGAAGCCACUGUUGGAUUCUGAUGAGGAGGAAGAAGAGUUGGGAGCAUAUCAAAAGAAACUCAGAGAGAGAGCAAACCGCAGCAUCCAGCAGCUCAGCAGUGCAUUGGAAGAGCCCAGCUCAGAUGCAGAGGGCAUGGAACCAGGCAGGGCUGGAGACACAGGCAGGGCUGGAGACACAGACAGCACGACUGGAGAGGACUCGUGGAACCAAAGGCAACAGAGUGAAGCUGUCAAUCAGCUGCGAUCACUCCUGCAAAAGCAGCAAAAAGAGACACGUUCACUCACUUCUCCUUCAAAGAGAAAAUCUUCUCCAAAGAGGUGUCAAGAUGAUGUGAGCUCUAGCAUGCCUGCCGUUAAAGACCUGGUGCCCAUUCUCCACAACCAGUCAGAGUACAUCCAGCAUCUGGAGGCUGAGGUCAAGUUCUGCAAGGAGGAGCUUCUGGGGAUGAAACAGAGGAUAAGGGUGGUGGUGGUAGAGAAUGAGAAACUACAUGGAGAGAUCAAGUCCAAACUGGUGGAAGACACCCUAAAAGACUACACUCUCUUAGAUGGCACGGUGAAUUCCGAGCCGCCCAGAGAAGACAAUCCUCAAAGAACAGCUUUCAUACCAGCUCAUAUUGUCUUUCAACAAGCAGAAGAACACAAGUGGAAGAAAGAACUGGAGCAGCUCAAAUCCCUCUAUCUAGCCCAGACAGAGACACUGGAAGCUCAAGUAAGGUCACUGAACAAGAACCUGGCCAGCAGUCAGAAGGAGUGUGAAGAAGUCAAAGGUCGUCUGAGACAUAAGGAAGCAAUGGCAGCGGCGGGCAGUGCCAAGCAGUGCGUAGGCGGCCUCUGUCUGAAGUGUGCCCAGAAUGAGGCCGUGCUGGCAGAGACACACUCCAACAUGCACAUCCAGGCCAUUGAGAGACUCACCAAAGAGCGUGAUGAGCUGAUGAGUGUGCUGUGCUCUUUGAGGGCCAGUCAGAGCGAGGCCCAGCAGAGAGAGUGGGCAGCCUACCAGCAGGUCAAACAGGCUGUAGAGAUGGCUGAGGAGGCCAACCUGGAGAAGACCAGGGCGGUGGUGCAGUGCGAGGCAUUUGCCAGGGAGCUGGCCAGACAGAGAGAGAGGCUGGAGACUGAGAUGGCUGCAGAGCAGGAGAAAAUCUCUGAGGCCAGAGAGGUGGUACGCAACGAGGCCCUCAAGCAGAAGGAGACACUGGCCCAAACGGUGGCCAGCCUAUCCCAGAGGGUAGCAGAGCUGGAGGGUCAACUGGCCAGGGAGGAAAGAGAGAGGGGCUCCCUGAGCACCCAGCUGGAUGAGACCCUACGCAAACUCACAUCACAGGAGCAGGACACCAGCAAGGUGUGUGGGGAGCUGCGUUACCGCCUCAGCCAGGUUCAGCUGAAGAGAGAGGAGGCAGAGAGGGAGCUCCGAGACUGCAGCUCCAAGACAACACGACAGCUUCAGAUGACUGAACAGGAAGUGGAGAAGCUGGGUGUGGAGCUGAGCGUCUGCCGGCAGCGUUUGGACCAGGCCCAGAGGGACGCGGGCCGACUGCAGGCGGAGGCUCUGAGCCUGACGGAGCGGCUGGGCCGAGCUGAGCACCAACUGCACCUCACCAGGCAGGAGAAGGAGAGUGCGGAGCGCUGCCGGGGCGAGGACAUGGAUGCUCUGACCUUCUCUGCACAGCAGCGCGAGCAGGAGCUGACACAGAGGCUCCAGCAAAUGGAGGCGCAGCACGAGCGGAGCGUGGGUGAGCUGGAGGCCCUCCUCAGAUCCCAGAAUGCCCUGAUAGGGAAACUGAAGGAUGAAUGUCUCAGUCUGGGGACCAAGCUAGAGACGCUGACAGAGACUAGCAGGCGUGAGGUGGAGCAGCUUUCCCUGGAGAAAGAUCAUCUGGAAGAGAGUGUUGGGAAGCUGAGAGCUCGCUGUACAGAGAUGGAGGAGCAGUGUGUACAACAUGGGAGGAUGCACCAGCGCAUGAAGAACAGACUGCAGCAGUUGGACCAGCACAGUCAGUCCAGUGCCCAGCAGGUGAUGGAGCUGCUUGCCAAACAGAACCUGUUGAUGCAGGAGCGCCACCUCCUCACUGGAGAGAUGCAGAACCUACGCAUACAGUUACCUGCUGGUUCUAGGAGACCUGACACCUUGUCCACAUGACAUCCUCUUCAUCUUGACUGAAGCACAGUGACAGUAAAAAUCUGUCGUUUUAACCCACUGUUCCCCGGGCGCCGUGGAUGUUAAGGCAGCCCCCUGCACCUCUAAAUGCGUAAGACACAUUUCAGUUCAAUGCAUUCGGUUGUCCAACUGACUAGGUAUCCUCCUUUCCUUAUAAUGAUGGAUUCCUACUGUAGAAAUAGGGUAUAUGACCAAUUCAGUUAUUAUUCUAUAAAAAUGAAUGUGUGAGUGAAGACGCAUGCCUCUCUCGGGUUGGUUUUGGGCCACAUCCUGUGUAUUAUUUAUACAUACAUGCAGAAAGUAUUCAGACCCCUUGACUUUUCACAUUACAGCCCUGUUCUAAAAUGGAUUAAAUUGUUAUUUGUCCUCAAAUCUAUCUCAAUACCACAUAAUGACAAAGCAAAAACUGGUACAAAAAUAAAUAAAUAUCUAUCUCUAUAUAUCUAUAUCAACUCAGCAAAAAAAUAAACGUCCUCUCACUGUCAACUGCAUUUAUUUUCAGCAAACUAACUUAACAUGUGUAAAUAUUUGUAUGAACAUAACAAGAUUCAACAACUGUGACUAACAGAAAUGUAAUAAUGUGUCCCUGAACAAAGGGGGGGGUCAAAAUAAAAAGUAACAGUCACCAGCUGCAUUAAGUACUGCAGUGCAUCUCCUCCUCAUGGACUGCACCAGAUUUGCCAGUUCUUGCUGUGAGAUGUUACCCCACUCUUCCAUCGAGGCACCUGCAAGUUCCCGGACAUUUCUGGGGGGAAUGGCCCUAGCCCUCACCCUCCGGUCCAACAGGUCCCAGACGUGCUCAAUGGGUUUGAGAUCCGGGCUCUUCACUGACAAUCCUGUCAUGCAGGAAAUCACGCACAGAACGAGCAGUAUGGCUGGUGGCAUUGUCAUGCUGGAGGGUCAUGUCAGGAUGAGCCUGCAGGAAGGGAACCACGAUGGAGGAGGAUGUCUUCCCUGUAAUGCACAGAGUUGAGAUUGCCUGCAAUGACAACAAGCUCAGUCCGAUGAUGCUGUGACACACCACCCAAGACCAUGGCGGACCCUCCACCUCCAAAUCAAUCCCGCUCCAGAGUACAGGCCUCGGUGUAACGCUCAUUCCUUCGACGAUAAACGCAACGCCGACCAUAACCCCUGGUGAGACAAAACCGGGACUCGUCAGUGAAGAGCACUUUUUACCAGAACGGUCCAGCGACUGUGGGUUUGUGCCCAUAGGCGACGUUGUUGCCGAUGAUGUCUGGUGAGGACCUGCCUUACAACAGGCCUACAAGCCCUCAGUCCAGCCUCUCUCAGCCUAUUGCGGACAGUCUGAGCACUGAUGGAGGGAUUGUGCGUUCCUGGUGUAACUCAGGCAGUUGUUGUUGCCAUCCUGUACCUGUCCCGCAGGUGUGAUGUUCGGAUGUACCGAUCCUGUGCAGGUGUUGUAACACGUGGUCUGCCACUACGAGGACGAUCAGCUGUCUGUCCUGUCUCCCUGUAGCGCUGUUUUAGGCUUCUCACAGUACGGACAUGGCAAUUUAUUGCCCUGGCCACAUCUGCAGUCCUCAUGCCUCCUUGCAGCAUGCCUAAGGCACGUUCAUGCAGAUUAGCAAGGAUCCUGUUUUUGAGUCAGUAGAAAGGCCUCUUUAGUGUCCUAAGUUUCCAUAAUGAAGUGUGACCUUAAUUGCCUACCGUCUGUAAGCCUUUAGUGUCUUAAUGAACAUGCACCUGUGGAACGGUCGUUAAUUGUUUAUUGAACAAGCAUGGGAAACAGUGUUUAAACCCUUUACAAUGACGAUCUGUGAAGUUAUUUGGAUUUUUACGAAUUAUCUUUGAAAGACAGGGUUCUGAAAAAGGGAUGUUUCUUUUUUUGCUGAGUUUAUAUAUCACAUUUACUUAAGUAUUCAGACCCUUUACUCAGCGCACAGCCUUCUUGGGUAUGACGCUACAAGCUUGGCCCAUUUGGGGAGUUUCUCCCAUUCUUCUCUGCACAUCCUCUCAAGCUCUGUCAGGUUGGAUGGGGAGCGUCGCUGCACAGCUAUUUUCAGGUCUCUCUAGAGAUGUUCGAUUGGGUUCAAGUCCGGGCUCUGGCUGGGCCACUCAAGGACAUUGAGACUUGUCCCAAAGUCAUUCCUGUGUUGUCUUGGCUGUGUGGUUAGGUUCGUUGUCCUGUUGGACGGUGAACCUUAGGACCUCAUACUGGGGCUGACGCACUGGAGUAGGUUUUAAUCAAGGAUCUCGCUGUAUAUUGCUCCGUUCAUCUUUCCCUCGAUCCUGACUGGUCUCCCAGUCCCUGAAAAUAUCCCCACAGCAUGAUGCUGCCACCACCAUGCUUCACCUUAGGGAUGGUGUCAGGUUUCCUCCAGACAUGACACUUGGCAUUCAGGCCAAAGAGUUCAAUCUUGGUUUCAUCAGACCAGAGAAUCUGUUUCUCAUGUAAGUCGCUCUGGAUAAGAGCGUCUGCUAAAUGACUUAAAUGUAAAUGUAUGUGAGUCCUUUAGGUGCCUUUUGGCAAACUCCAAGUGGGCUCUCAUGUGCCUUUUACUGAGGAGUGGCUUCCGUCUGGCCACUCUACCAUAAAGGCCUGAUUGGUGGAGUGCUGCAGAAAUGAUUGUCCUUCUGGAAGGUUUUCUCAUGUCCACAGAGGAACUCUGGAGCCCUGUCAGAGUGACCAUCGGGUUCUUUGUCACCUCCCUGACCAAGGCCCUUCUCCCCCGAUUGCUCAGUUUGGCAGAGCGGCCAGCUCUAGGAAGAGCUUGGUGGUUCCAAACUUCUUCCAUUUAAGAAUGAUGGAGGCCACUGUGUUCUUGGGGACCUUCAAUGCUGCAGAAAUUUUUUGGUACCUUGCCCAGAUCUGUGCCUCGACACAAUCCUGUCUCGGAGCUCUACGAACAAUUCCUUCGACCUCAUGGCUUAGUUUUUGCUCUGUCAACUGUGGGACCUUUAUAUAGACAGGUGUGUGCCUUUUCAAAUCAUGUACACUAAAUUGAAUUUACCACAGGUGGACUCCAAUCAAGUUGUAGAAACAUCUCAAGGAUGAUCAAUGGAAACAGGAUUCACCUGAGCUCAACUUUGAGUCUCAUAGCAAAGGGUCUGAAUACUUAUGUAAAAACAUGUUUUCACCUUGUCAUAAUGUGUGUAGAUUGACGAGGAACAUGUUAAUUUAAUACAUUUUAGAAUAAGGCUGUAACAAAAUGUGGAAAACGUCAAGGGGUCUGAACACUUUCUGAAUGCCCUGUAUGUGUGUAAUGGGCAGCAGUAGAGGUAGGGUUAAUGACGGUGCUGAUGGUAGAGAGCAGGUCUGGGUGAUCUCAGGACUCAGUGUGGGGAGCAUCUCUGACUGAGAGCACCACAGUGGAGAAUGCCUCAUGUCAUGGAUACUCAUGGUCAAACACACUGCCUCAGCCAUGCAGAAACAGCAGCAGCACAGCUCCACAGCCCUGCUGAGUGUGUGUGUUUAGAUUCAUGAGGGUUUUCUAUUUCUAUAGACAAAAUUUGCAUUUGGAAUGACAGAUUUGACCGUUUUUGUAUUGUUCCUAAAUAGUAAUGUUUAAUGUUUUUAUAUAGAGAUGAGUUUUUUUUUUAAAGCUGCAUGUUGUAAAUGUCAUUUCAAUAUUUGAUAAACUUCAGUUAAAAUUCCAAUAAAUAUUUUGCAUACAGUGUUGAAAA